CAACUCUUGAUAAAUCGUCUUCCGAGAUCGAACACACCGCUCAAUGGUGCACUUCAGGGAUCCCAAUGAAGCACGCAAAGACGUCAUCGUCAUCGGCGCAGGCGUUAUCGGGCUGACGAGCGCGAUCCGGCUGCAGGAGACGGGCCAGUACAGCGUGAGCAUCGUCGCGGAGACGUUCCCGACGGACCCGAAGAGCAUACGCUACACGAGCCACUGGGCGGGCGCGCACCACGUCAGCCAUGCGAUGGGCGAUAUGAGGCAGCGAGCGAUUGACAAGGAGACCUUUGAUGUUUUUUGGGAGCUCUCGAAGCCCGGGGCGCCGACAGAGGGGUUGUUCGUGCGGCACACGCAGACGGAGUACCGCGAAGAUGAUCUCGGACCUGAGAAGGCGUAUUGGUUGGAGAAUAUGCCCGAGUUCAAAUACCUCACCGAUCUCCCCUUCGACCGUGUCAAAACCGCCUACUCCUUCCGCACGCUCACGAUAAACACACCCGCCUACCUCGCCUAUCUUCAGUCCCGCUUCAUCGCAGCCGGGGGAAAGACCGUGCGCGCCUCGAUUAACCACAUAUCGCAGGUCCUCGAGGGCGGCAGGCACGCGUUCGCCGUCUCCCCAUACACAUACUCCAACUCCCUCUCGAUCGUGAAUAGGCCGAGGCCACCGCACGCGGUGAUCGCGUGCCCUGGUAUCGGGGCGCGCACCCUCGGCGGUAUCAUGGACGAGAAGGUGUUCCCCGUGCGCGGGCAGACACUGCUGCUCAAGGCGCCGUGGCUCGAUUACGGGCGGACGAUGACUGAGGAAGAUGGGACGUACACGUACGUGAUGCCUCGACCGGGCGGGCUGGCGUUAGUCGGCGGUACGCGUGAAGCCAACGACUGGUACCCCAUCCCGAGAGAAGAGACCUCCCAGGCCAUUCUCCAGCGCGCAUACGCUCUGGUGCCCGACCUGGCUGAACCGGGGGCGCGCUAUAAGUCCCAUCUUCCGCCUUUACCGUCACCCAAGCCCGGUAGAGAGCUUCCUGUUCCAGAGGGCGAAGAAGCCAUACCCCUCUCCAUGCUCGAGAUGAAUACCCUGGAGGCAGGCUGUGGACUCCGUCCCGCGCGCGAGGGCGGCGUGAGAUUGGAAGUCGAAUGGCACUCUGCUGGCAAGCAGAAGGACGUGAAGAUUCCGGUCGUCUAUAACUACGGACACUCUGGAUACGGUUUCAUUGCGUCUUGGGGAAGCGCGUCAUACGCCCUGAAGUUGCUUGAGGAUGCUUUGACGCAAGGUUCUCCGCAAGAUAUCAAAGGGAAAGGUAAGAGCGCGGAGCACAGGACGGUGGAUGGAAGCAUCGGAGGGAAUUAAAUUUUGUAGUAGAGGUACAGAUGCGGAUAGCAAGCCAUUUGACAUAAAUGUAUCAGUAAAUGUAACAAUAUCAUAUAGGUUGUGACGAC